AUGGAGGGGAUGCAGGCAUAUGGAGCUGGGAAAGCCGGAGGAGCCUUCGACCCUGUCACCUUCUUCCAGCAGCCUCAGACCAUUCUCCGCAUUGUGUCUUGGCUCUUCUCCAUCGUGAUCUUCGGCUGCAUCGCCAACGAGGGCUACAUCAACCGUCCCAACGGCGGGGAGGAGUUCUGCAUCUUCAACAGCAACCAGAACGCCUGUAAUUACGGCGUCUUCAUGGGCUCCAUGGCCUUCCUCUGCUGCAUGGCCUUCCUGGCUCUGGACGUCUACUUCCCCCAAAUCAGCAGCGUCAAAGACCGCAAGAAGGCCGUGCUGGCUGAUAUCGGCUUGUCAGCGUUCUGGUCCUUCAUGUGGUUCGUUGGUUUCUGUUUCCUGGCAAACCAGUGGCAGGUGACCAACCCCGAGGACAACCCGCUGAGGGAGGGGGGGGACGCCGCCCGGGCAGCCAUCACCUUCUCCUUCUUCUCCAUCUUCACCUGGGCGGCCCAGUCCUUCCUGGGCUUCCAGAGGUACAAGCUUGGGGCCGACUCGGCUCUCUUCUCGCAGGAGUACACGGACCCCAGCCAGGACGCAGCCGGAGCCCCUUACACCUCCUUCGGUGGGGACGACCUGGAGAGCCCUGUAGGAGGAGGAGGUGGAGGAGGAGGAGGAGGAGGAGGAGGAGGUGGAGGUCAGGCCAACAGCGAUGCAGCCUUUGACGGCACCAGUGGCUACCAGCGUCAAGACUACUGA